AUGGCACCACCUGGCCGCCGUGGAAGGCAGACACUCAGUCAAGGCCUCGACAGAGAAGUCCAUCAGGUGGUGCGGAAGAUCGUGGACGAGCGGACACAGUUCGAGGACAACUUCCGGCCAACUUGUGUCGCGGUCUACGAUGAGAUCCGGCGGUCAAACUCCAGUCUGAAUCGAAAACCCAGAAAGCUGCUUGAGGAUUCGAUCGAGCGCGUGAUUGAGACUAUCCGACAAGACGCCGCUGAUACCGACUCUGAGGCGUACCUGGAACCCGACCUGAGGCCUCAACCUGCCGCCAGGCCAACGUCUAACGGCAUGAACCGGUCAAUUGUCGCCGCCUGGUCCAGUGCCAACGGCACGGGGGCGUCUACGCCCACACAACAACCGGCGGAAGAGACGACCGCCAAGCCUGCCACAGCUAAUACCACCGAACCUCCACGCAAGAAGCGAAAGCGAGCGCCCGAGGUCAAUACGAGUCCCCCGACUCAUGUCAGCGUGGCCGAUCUUGGAGGAGUGGACCCCGUCUUGGAGCAGUUUGCCGACCUCCUCACCAUCCCACUCAUGUGUCCCUCGGUCUCUAGUGUUCAGUCCGUUCGAGGUAUCCUCAUACAUGGUCCACCCGGUUGUGGUAAGACUACCAUAGCCAAUGCCAUCGCUGCCGAGUAUGGAGUCAACUUCAUUGAAGUCUCCGCGCCCUCCAUCGUCUCGGGCAUGUCUGGUGAAUCCGAAAAGGCGCUGCGAGAGUGCUUCGAGCAGGCCAAGGCUGCUGCCCCCUGCCUACUGUUCCUGGAUGAGAUCGAUGCCAUCACGCCAAAGAGAGAAUCGGCCUCGCGCGAGAUGGAGAAGCGGAUAGUCGCCCAGUUGGCCACUCUCAUGGAUGGCCUAGACCCCAAGAAGAACGAUGGCAAAGCAGUCAUUGUCCUUGCAGCCACAAACCGUCCCGAUUCCCUGGAUCCCGCAUUGCGACGAGGUGGCCGCUUCGACAAAGAGAUCAACAUGAAUGUACCCAACGAAAGUAUGCGCGAACAGAUACUGAAAGCGCUGACCAGAGAUGUCGAGCUCGGGCAAGACGUUGACCUGAACGCCAUAGCAGUUCGCACGCCCGGUUACGUGGGCGCCGAUCUACGUGACCUUGUCUCGACUGCUUCUCAUACUGCCAUCAAGCGCUUUCAAGACUCGCUCGCCGUCGAUGCCGCCGCCAGCGCCGCAACGGAGACCAAAGUAAUUGCAGAUCACCCCAACGCUAUGGACGUGGAUCCGUCCAAUACCCAAACCACCCAAGCGUCCACCUCAAUCGAGGAAAUCUCUCCCGGCACAUCGAAGCUCAGGACCAUGAUAGCCUACCUCCGUACGCACCCCCAGGAUAACGCCCCCAUCUCCGUCACACACGCCGACUUCCUCACCUCGCUCCCCAAGGUCUCCCCUUCGGCCCUUCGCGAAGGCUUCGCCACCGUGCCCUCCACAACCUUUGCCUCCAUAGGCGGCCUCUCGCCUACCAUCGCCUCCCUCACCGAAUCCCUCAUCACGCCCAUCCUGCGGCCCGAACUCUACGCCGCGAUGGGCAUCACCCCCUCCUCGGGCACCCUCCUCUUCGGCCCCCCCGGCUGCGGCAAAACACUCCUCGCCCGCGCCAUCGCCAACGCCAGCCACGCCAACUUCAUCUCGGUCAAAGGCCCGGAACUCCUCAACAAAUACGUCGGCGAAUCCGAGCGCGCCGUGCGCUCCGUCUUCCAGCGCGCCCGCUCCUCGGUGCCCGUCAUCAUCUUCCUCGACGAGCUGGACGCCCUGCUCCCCCACCGCAGCAGCACGACCUCAGACCCCUCCUCCCGCGUCGUCAACACCAUGCUCGCCGAACUCGACGGCCUCGCCGCCUCCCGCGCCGGAAUCUACCUCAUCGCUGCCACGAACCGGCCCGACAUCAUCGACAGCGCCAUGCUCCGGCCCGGCAGACUCGACUCCCUCAUCUACAUCCCCUUGCCGGACGCCACGGGCCGCGUCGAGAUCCUGCGCGCCCUCACGCGCGGCAUGCCCGGCCUGCAUUGGGACGACGACAACAGCAGCCCGACCGCCGAGCGUCUGGCGAGUGUCGCGAGGGAAGCGCAUGGCUUCAGCGGCGCGGAUCUGGGCGCCCUGAAGGUCAGGGCUGGGUAUGCGGCGAUCCGUCGGCUGACGAGUGCGGCGGCUUCGUCGUCGCCAUCGUCGACACCCGCGGUGAUCGAUGCGGGGAUGGCGGCCGCGGCGGGCGUCACGCCGGAGGAUUUCGAGGUGGCGCGGCAGGAGGUGCGUCGCAGUGUGAGCGAGUCGGACAUGCGGGAGUAUGAGAAGUUGCGGAAGCGGUGGGAAGGUGGUGUGCCUCAGGGGUCGUGA